GCAUGUGGAGCUGGGGACUCCCUGGGGCCGUGCUGGGCGGGCUGCUGGGCUUCUGCCUUCUUCUAGCAGGAUCUAGUUCAGGGUUCAAAUGGAAAGGUCCCAAAUUAAACAUCACAGGAGCACAGCAUGUCAUACAAGAAGGAGAUACUUUAAACAUCAUGUGCAGUGGAGAAGUGCCCCAUUCUUGGUCUCUGCCUGAAACUCUAAGUAAGGACAACAACCGGUUGAAUAUAAUGACUUAUGCUUGUGGAAGGAACAACAAGCAGUUUUGCAGCAGCCUGACCUUGAACAGAGCUCAAGCAACUGACACAGGAUAUUACAGCUGCAAAUAUCCAUCCUCAAGUGAAGUAAAAAAGAAGCCUUUAUCUAAAAUAUAUGUAUUUAUUAAUGACACACUCAACCCGUUUAUCAAGCUGCACACAAAUAUACCAGAAAUGAUACGCAUAGCUGACGGAGAGACGCUGACCAUCCCCUGCAGAGUUACAGCACCGGAUAUCCCUGUUAAAUUAAAAAUGAUGCCAGGAGGAACUAUCAUUCCUGAUGGGAAAACAGUCAUCUGGGAUAACACUAAAGGCUUCAUAAUUCCAAAAGCAACAUACAAAUUCAUAGGGCUUCUUAGCUGCGAAACUACUAUUGAUGGUCAUGAAUAUAGCACCAAAUACCUGACAUAUAGGCUAAACAAUGAAAUCAUUAGUGUCCAGGUGAAUGAUUCAAAACCAGUGAAGUUAUUCAAAGGACAAAGUCUUGUUCUCAACUGUAGUAUCACUGCAGCCUGGAACACCAGAGUGCAAAUUACAUGGACUUAUCCUGGUGAGGCAAGCAAAAGAGGCACCAUUAGUAGAAGCAUUGUACAAAGAAAAGAUGGACCCAACCUAUUCUAUAGCAUCCUUGUUGUCGAUAAAGUCCAUGAUAUAGAUAAAGGCCAAUACAUUUGCAAUGUUAAGAGUGGGCCAUCGCUUAAAUCAGAUAACAUAACAGUUCUUAUUUAUGAUAAAGCAUUUAUCACUUUACAGCAUCGACAAAAAAACAUGCUGGAUGUUAUGUCUGGCAAGAAGUCCUAUCGACUUUCUAUGAAAGUGAAAGCGUUUCCUACACCAGAGGUUAUAUGGUUGAAGGAUGGGUUACCUGCUGCUGAAAUGUGUGCCCGAUAUAAAAUUAAAGGUUACUCACUAAUCAUAAAACAUGUUGCUGAAGAAGAUGCAGGGAACUACACUAUAAUGUUGAAUACGCGGCAGUGGAACCUACAUAAAAACUUAACAAUAACACUCAGAAUAAAUGUGAAACCUCAGAUUUAUGAAAAAGUGUCGUCAAUUCCUGGUCCUAAUCUCUAUCAACUAGGAACUAAGCAAAUUUUAACAUGCAUUGUUUAUGGUAUUCCUCAACCUAUGAUCAAAUGGACUUGGCAACCAUGUCAACAGAAUCAUUCCAGAACAAGGUAUGACGUUUGUUCCAGUCCAGAAAGUCCGCUAGUCUUGACAUCUGGAAGUACCACAGGAAACAGAAUCCAAAGCAUUACACAAAGAACAGCUUUAAUAGAGGGGAAGAACAAGACUGCUAGCAUCUUGGUUGUGGCUGAAUCCAGAACAUCUGGAACCUACAGUUGCAUAGCAUCCAAUAAAGUGGGAAGUGACAAAAGAGACAUCAGUUAUUUUGUAACAGAUAUACCAAAUGGAUUCUCUAUUAACUUAAAGAAAGCACCUAUUGAAGGAGAAACGCUAGUGUUGUCAUGUCUAGCCAACAAAUACCUAUACAAAGACAUCACCUGGCUUUUGCCAAGGACAGCUAACAACCAAACAAGAAUUAAGAAAACAGUGGUGAAGGAAUAUUCCAUGGAACUCACUCUCAUCAUCAAGAAUAUUUCGCUUGAACAUUCAAGCACCUACGUCUGCCGAGCAAGGAACCUAUAUACUGGUGAAGAAGUGCUUCAAGAGAAAAACGUUACAGUCAGAGCUCAGGAAGCACCAUACCUCCUUCGGAAUGUCACUGAUCAGGUGGUCAACACCAGCCGUUCUCUUAGCCUGCAGUGUUCUGCACACGGUGUCCCAGAGCCACAGAUAUCAUGGUAUAAAAACAACAAACAGAUACAUCAAGAACCAGGUAUAAUAUUAGGGCCAGGAAAUCAGAGUCUCUUGAUUGAAAGAGUGCAAGAUGAUGAUGCUGGAUUCUAUCAGUGUAUAGCUACUAAUCUGAAAGGAAUGGUGGCGAGUUCAGCCUAUGUUACCAUACAAGGAACAUCUGAAAACUCAAACCUGGAGCUAAUAACAUUGACCUGCACCUGUUUGGCAGCCACACUCUUCUGGCUCCUGUUAACACUCUUCAUACGAAAGCUAAAAAGGCCUUCUUCUUCCGAAAUUAAGACAGACUAUUUAUCAAUCAUAUUGGAUCCUGAAGAAGUCCCCUUAGAUGAACAAUGUGAACGGCUUCCAUACGAGGCCAGCAAAUGGGAGUUUGCCCGGGACAGGCUUAAGUUGGGAAAGACACUUGGGAGAGGUGCUUUUGGGAAAGUAGUGCAAGCAGUUGCUUUUGGAAUUAAAAGAUCACCCACAUACAAAGUAGUUGCUGUGAAAAUGCUGAAAGAAGGAGCCACAGAAAGUGAAUAUAAAGCUCUCAUGACUGAGCUGAAGAUUUUGAUACAUAUAGGCCAUCAUCUUAAUGUAGUGAAUCUGCUGGGAGCUUGCACAAAAGGCAGAGGACCAUUAAUGGUGAUUGUUGAAUAUUGCAAAUAUGGAAAUCUGUCUGGUUAUUUGAAGAGCAAAAGGGAUUUAUUUUCUGCCCACAAGCAUGGAUCUGUUCAAGGAGAGCCGUUGAUAGGCGACAAGGAUGUUGAGCCCAUCAGCAGUAAAAAAAAAAGACUGGAGAAUGUUCCGAGUCGAGAAAGCUUAGCAAGCUCUGGAUUUCAGGAAGAUAAAAGUUUAAGUGAUAUGGAGGAGGAAGAGGAGGAUGCCAGUGAUUUCUACAAGUGGCCCCUCACCAUGGAAGAUCUUAUUUCUUACAGCUUUCAAGUAGCCAGAGGCAUGGAAUUCUUGUCAUCUCAAAAGUGCAUCCAUCGUGAUUUAGCAGCCAGAAACAUCCUUUUAUCUGAAAACAAUGUUGUGAAGAUCUGUGAUUUUGGUCUCGCAAGAGAUAUUUAUAAAAAUCCUGAUUAUGUGAGAAAAGAUGAUGCACGCCUUCCUCUCAAAUGGAUGGCACCAGAAUCUAUAUUUGAUAAAGUCUAUAGUACCAAAAGCGAUGUUUGGUCAUAUGGAGUGUUACUGUGGGAAAUAUUUUCUUUAGGUGCAUCCCCAUAUCCUGGCAUACAAAUAGAUGAGGCCUUCUUCAGAAAGUUAAAAGAAGGCAUACGCAUGAAAGCUCCGGAUUUUGCAACCCCAGAAAUAUACCAGAUUAUGCUGAGCUGUUGGCAAGGAGAUCCAAAUGAAAGGCCACGGUUCUCAGAGCUGGUGGAAAUAUUAGGGGACCUACUUCAGGCUAAUGUACAACAGGAUGGCAAAGAUUAUAUACCUUUGAAUACUCUAUUACCAGAGGAUACUGAGUCUGACCAUUGCUCUCCAAGUUCCCCUAAACUUCAUGAGAGAAAAAACAAUUCAGUACUAGCCUUGACUAAUGCAAGUGCUGAAAAUUUGGGAAAAUAUGUUCAUGCUUUCAAGAUGAAACCAUUCCAGAGGGUCAAGACUUUUGAAGAACUUUCACCUAAGGACAAAUUUCAGCCUGAUAAUUAUCAAGCUGAGGGACGAAUGGUGCUGCCUUUGAAAGAUCUAAAACGUUUUACAUGGACCGGCAUCAGACCAAAGCAAACCUUUUGGGGCUUCUACCCUGGAAGCAGAAGCAAGGAACCUGUCUUUUCUGACACAGCCAAGCCAAAUGUCUACAAUUUCAGUUUUGGUCAUACCACUGAUAUGAUGCAACCAGUUACUUGUAGCAGAAUAAUGUGGGAAGAGAAACAAGUACAGGAUCUCUCGCCUCCCAGUUAUAAUUCAGUGGUGCGGCAUUCUACUUGCUAAAGUCAAAAUAUCUGUCCUUCGAGUUGCCAGUCUCUACUAUCACUGCUUCAGUGCUGAAAUGACUAUUUUGCUGCUCAUCAAUUCAUCAUCACCUGGGUCAAUUUCCAACAAUUAUUUCUAUAAUGCCAUUCUCUCUCCUCCACUUCAACAUGUAUUUGCUCCUAUCCAAUAGUUGAAAGUAACACAAAUAUAGUACAGAAGAAGAGAUAAUGGCUGGAGGGAAUGAAAUCUUGUGCACUGUUUCCCCCAGUCCUUAAAAUCAGAUUAUUGCACUGAAUUUAUUUAAUUCUUUAGUUCAGAUUACUGUAUUGUGCGGCAAGGUUUACUAGUUCAGAAACAGCUAUUAAUCUAAUCUAGUCAAUUUGAUUUAUAAGGGUGACUUUACACUUUUACUAGUCAUUUGCACUUUUUGUGGAAAAGGAACCAUUUUACUACACUUUUUAAACAGUUUAAACCAAACCUGGUACUGUUCUGGAUGAAGAGGCAUAGCUCAGUAGUAUUAUUCUCAAUCAGCUGAAAACAGAAACACUGGCUUAGGGAUAGUUUUUGCUUUUGAACAAGAAGAAACAAACUUGAAAAAGCAGUGCCACCAGAUAUUCAGCCAGCCCCAUCAUUAGGCAGAGGGAAGCAAUGCCUCAUAUUAGCAGUUGUUGAGGGCCAGCAGUGGCAGUCCCAACCCUUCUUCCUGAGUGUGUCAAUUUGAGGCCAGAGCAGUGUAAUUCAUACAGCCUUACCUGCUGCCUACAGGUCUGGUGUAGGGUGUUAUCUCACCACCAAUACUGAAAUCCAAUCAGCAUCUGUAUAUGAAAUAGGGAGAGUAACAUCUUCUUAUUGUUUGCCCAUGGUAGCAAAACUUUUGGGGCAGCUCUAACUAGAUCCUACAGUGGGUACAGAAAAUUAACAUCAAAUGAUCUACACUGCCUCCGAAACUGUAUAUAUACAACAUCAACAUUACUUUCACACUGCUUCAACCAGUAUGGUCCCCUCUCCACCACUGGCCUGUAUCCAAGGAAUCUGAGAAUUUUGGUUUGUUAAAAAUGGAAUGUGUUAAAGAUCCUGCUCCCCAAUCCCAAACCUGCAGUUCUUGGGGGAAGGAACAAGUAUUAAAUGAGGGUUUCUGUGAACAGUCUAGUACACAGCAGGGUUAAAGACUGUUGAAGCAAGAUGUGCAGUCACAUACAGAGCAGUCAUAUAAGAACUAGGACAUUUUGUUAUUACACUAUAGCCCUUUGGAUAAGUGGAACAUGGACACAAGAAUCACUGCACUGAUGCAGUGUCAAGCCAGUAGCACUCAUCUGUUUCAGAACUAAGGGCUAGCUCACAAAACUGAGAUAUAGCGUGACCAAACGUUGGUUCCAACCAAGACACUGAAACUGGAAAAGGAAAAAUUGGGAUAACUGCAAUAUACUUUGGGCAUUUGGGGACGCACAACUAAUUGGUGCCAUCAUGCAACAUGAUAUACAACGUUCUGACACACUCUGCUCCCUCUUAAAGACACACAUUCACUUCUCCUUAUAGUUAGAAGUGGGCUCAAAACAUUCACAAGCAAUGCUGAAGUAGCAUUUCAAAAUCACCAUUGAUUGGAACUGACCCGGCUUGCCCAUAGAUAGAGUUGGGCUUCAAUCAGCUGUAUAAUUCUUAGUUCUAGGAUAAACUAAAGAAAGAUACUGCAGUAUACAUGGGGGAAAAUAAAUAUGCACAGAAUUGCCAUUUAAAAAAGUAAUUUUGCAGGUUAUAGAAUUCAGCUCCCCUUAAUGCAGAAUUUAGGAUACCCUGAUAUAACAACAGACAAUUCUAUAUAUAUUUCUUACAUUAUAUUCAAUUUUUAUAUUCCAAUCGCAAAUGACAACAUAGGAAGAUGAGUUACCUUAGGUUAGCUUAUUGAGGAUAAAACUAGUAUCCUUUUGCAGUUAAUGCACAUGGAACAGGAAGGCUAAGAAAGCUCUUUCUGGAGUAUUGCUGAACUAAAAUUGCUGCUGCUAUUUCAGCUGUAACAUUUAUUUAGUGCUAAAACUGUCCUGCAAGGUUCAUUCACACUAAAGGUUAGGUAGCAUUGUAGGGAACCAUUGUUUGGGCUCAUUAAUGAACCACUGGAAUGUUAACCACUCAUGUUAGUCAUGCUUACAUUCCAUUGGGAAUAAUGAAACUUAGAUUAUGCCUAAAUUUGCUUCAUUGGGAUCACCCAACAGUUCUUGGUUGAAGUCCUAUCUCAAUUAUUUUGAAAGAACUUCCAGUGAACUCCAAUGGAGUUUACUUCUGAGGAAACUUGCUUAGCAUUAAGUGUUUUUGGAUUUGGGAGCAUUUUAUAAAAUCAAUAAGCUUAUGAUCUUUGUGGUAUCUGUCAAAUAUAAAAGGACGUACUAAUAUUUGAAGUAUGAUUCAUUUAAGAAAUGAUUGAAAAUUUUGGGUUUGGGUUAAUCUUUAGUUAGGCUAUUGGUUAUAAAUGGAUUUAAAAAAAAGUUCUAAUGCUUCUAAUGAGAGUUUUAAAAACUGGAUGUAAAUAACAUGUACCUGCACCUUAACCUUUUAAAACUAUUUUUAUGUAUGUUUUCUAAAUUUUCAAAAU